AGAAAGCAUGGGUAAAUAAAAAUUGAAUGAAAAAUAAAGUUCAAGUUAGACUAUAUUAUAAAUAGAAAAAACCAUAAGCAAAGAAUAAGUUUAAGAGUAGGAAGGUGCUAUUAAUAUAUCUGAGGUUCCAGAAAUAACCUGUAGUAUUUGCUACUCCACUAUAGCCGAUCAAGUAAUAUAUUCUUUACUUAUGAUAAGGGAAUUAUUUAAAAUUGUAAACAUACAUAUUGUUUCUAAUGUAUUUAAAAAUGGUCAGAGUAGAAUCUUACAUGUCCCCAAUGCAGAGCUGACUUUACAAAAGUCAUAAGAAUUAGAAAAGAAGGUUAGAAAGCCAAAAAGAAAACUUAUAAAUUUAAAUAACCAAAAUAAAAUAAUGACACAUCGAUCAACAUCAAUCUGGUAUAAUACUAUACUUAACUACUCUUUUUAAUGUUUGAUAUAUAUUAAGAUAGUGAAAGAGAAUGA